UGGAGAGAGAGAGAGAGAGAGAGAGAGAGGGAAACCGAGAGGAGGCACAUCUCUCCACGAGGCUCCGCCGCUGCACGCGGGGCCAAUUCAAACUGUCCGGCGCGUCCAGCGGAGCGCACAGACACGUAUCGCUGACAUCCCGUCACUGACGCCGCGCACAGGAUCCGGUGCUGAAGCUCGAGGGAGGCGGUGGCGGUCGUUGCUCAGCUAACUGUGAGCCAAGCCUCGUCCUGCAGCAUCCCCUCAGAAGGAUAAACUCCCAGUCAGCGCCUCUUCAGUCGCCCUCCUCGCUCGCCUCCGGACCCCCGGACCCCCGCCAUGGCCUUUACCCUGUCAGAGAUCAUGGCGGCGAGGCGGCAGCAGUCGCAGGCUCAGCCGCACGCCGCACAGAGAGGCGCGAGGACGGCGGUGGAGGUUGACGAGUACAGCACCAACCCCACGCAGGCCUUCACCUUCUACAACAUCAACCAGGGGCGCUUCCAGCCGCCACACGUCCACAUGGUGGACCCGAUGCCCCACGACACGCCCAAGCCGCCCGGCUACACCCGCUUCGUGUGCAUCUCAGACACUCACUCCCGCACCGACGCCAUCCAGAUGCCGUACGGGGACGUGUUCAUCCACGCCGGAGACUUCACCGAGCUGGGGCUGCCCUCCGAGGUCAAGAAGUUCAACGACUGGCUAGGCACCCUACCAUACGACAUCAAGAUAGUAAUCGCUGGGAAUCACGAGUUGACCUUUGACCAGGAGUUUAUGGCGGACCUCAUCAAACAGGACUUCUACUACUUCCCGUCGGCGUCCAAACUGAAGCCAGAGAACUACGAGAACGUCCAGUCGCUGCUUACCAACUGCAUCUACCUGCAGGAUUCUGAGGUCACAGUGCGGGGCUUCAGGAUCUACGGCUCCCCCUGGCAGCCAUGGUACUAUGGCUGGGGCUUCAAUCUGCCAAGGGGUCAGGCUUUGCUUGACAAGUGGAACCAGAUCCCGGAGAACACGGACAUCCUGGUUACACACUGCCCUCCGCUGGGUUUCCUAGAUUGGGUCCCAAAGAAGAUGCAGCGCGUUGGUUGCAUGGAGCUUCUCAACACAGUCCAGAGGAGAGUCCAGCCCAAACUGCAUGUGUUUGGGCACAUUCAUGAAGGUUACGGCAUGAUGACUGACGGCACCACGACGUUCGUCAACGCCUCUGCCUGCACCGUCAACUUCCUGCCCAUGAACCCGCCCAUCGUCUUCGAUCUCCCCAACCCGAGGACCACAUGACUAGAGGAGGCCCGCCCCCAAACCCCUACUGCCAAUCAGGAGAAAGGGGCCAGGAGAGGUAGGUGAGGUCCACGAGUGGGCGCAUCGGAACCAAGCCUGUAAAUAUCAGCGUGGGCAGGUGCCUGCGGUGCACACCUGGAGAACCCACUCCAGAGACCCAAGGAAGUGUGGAUGCUCGCACACUAUUAAUAUCAUUUUUCAUGACAUCAUUUCUUCAUCAGCCUAAAAGUCGACAAAUGGCCUUUUGUGGCGAGAUGCUUCUACAGUACGUGGAGACAUAUCUGGACAUAAUUGUGUGUUCUGACAAUCGGCUCUGCGAGAGACUAGAGACCUGCUGACCUUAGAUAAUUAAGGAAAUGAACUGGAAGCGCUACGGUGGCUCCCGACUCAAACCCCAUCUGUGGGAGAGUUGGCUCUGUGGAUGGAACAUUCAGGAGGAAUAUUUGCUCCUCUUCUCUUCUCUCUCCGUGCUCUCCUCUCCUCCGGCCCACAGUGUGCUGUCGUGCGGGGCAUUUGCCAAUGUGUGUGUGUGUGAGAGGGAGUGAGAUCAGAGCGAGCACGCGAGGGCAGCGAGGGGUCCGGUGCCACGGGCUGCGUGGAGGUUGGGGUGUCAGACGUGUUGACACCGUUCCCCUGGGCCUCAUUACAGCCCUCAGUCAGCCUCUUAGCCGGCGAGGGGAGGAUGCUGAGGAAGCCGCUUGCAGCUCUCUCUCUCUCUCUCUCUCUCUCUCUCUCUCUCUCUCUCUCUCUCUCUCUCUCUCUCUCUCUUCCUCAUGCUGCAAGGGACUCGCUCGGUUUUCUAAGCUAGGGGCUUGUGGCGUUUUAUGGCCUCGGGCACAAAAGGUGCUACAUGGUAACAGGACUUCUGAACAGUGGGAGUCGUUGCACUGGGACUCGCUUGCUUAUUAAUAACGGGAGAUAUGGGACUUUUCAUCCUGUUUGAAGAGGAACAAAGCUGUAACUAAAUGUACUGUAACUGGUCUGUAAAUGUUUUGUCGGUGUUGAAAACGUUGUUGUUGUUAUGCUUUUUUCCAAAACAAAAAAGAACUACGUGUCCAGUAUUCGUGUCCAGAAUGUUGUGGUUGUUACUUUUCAUUUGCUCUCUUUCUUAGUAAUGUAAAUGCCUAUUAAGCUUUUCUUUCCUGUGGAGCCACUUGGUCCCAGUUUGACGAUUAUUAACACUUUCAUGGCUAUGAGCCCUUUGUCUGCUUUUUGUUUUUCCCCCUACGCUCUGUUUUCUGAAUGAGGCUGUUUCCACUGGAAAUGUGCUCAGCAGAACAGGACCAUGUCACACUUUGAUCUCCCUGCUCUGCACGUUACUCAUGAACACCUCCACAAAGGAGCGACAGUACGGCUCCCUCCUGCUUCCCUCAUCUCUACAGCACAUGGGUGCUCAUUGUGCCAGCCGAUGUCUUAGCGUUUCCAAGUGGGCAAAGGAGAACAUAGGCUUGUCUACACGUUGCUCUACGACAACACAGCUGAAGCUGAAGCCAUAAAAGAGAAGGCCUGGUCAAUAUUAGUGUGAUUGUAGUAAGACAGAAUAAAGAGUAACACCAUUAAUUAACAUGGGAGAUGUAAAUUAGCACUGUAGGAGGCAUGUUAGUGAAUUCAGAACUGCAAGUCCCAGCAAUGGUGUAAGAUUUCCCUUCUCAGUUCCUUGUUGGGAGAUUUCAGUAUUAAACCCAUGGAAAUUUCUUUUCCCAAAACAUCUAUUGAACCUGCAUGCCUCAAUAAGUAAAUAAAUAAAACCCAAAUACCACGCUGCAUCAAUCUCGUCCUCAGACUCAGAAAUUUGAUAAAGUGGAUUUCACGUAAUAGGGGACCUUUAAAGGUUGGGGAAGUCACUGGUAGAUUACGGCUCCAUCACACUGUGAUGUGGCAAUGGAAUAGAUGACUUAGACCAUCAAAAGACAAAGCAUCACAAAGUCCUUCCACCUGUCAGAAUUCUCAACCCAUCGUUUGGAACUGAAGGCGCCUAAAGAACCUUAAACAAGUCCAACUGCCUCAGUAGCAACUUUCAAAAUGAUUUCAAGCGCUCUGUGGUAAUGAGCGGAUUUAACCCUCCCUCUCCUUUCCCUGUAUUUACCAUGUUCCUCAAAUAAUACUACAUCAUAAUAAUAAUAGGAAUAAGGGGUUGUUGCUGCAGUGUCAUCCUUCCAUGUAACAUAAUCUUAGGCCAGACGUCAGAUGAUUUUAGAUCAAGGUGUGAAUUCAGGAGUAACAUAAUCACUCGCUGCGAGAGAGAAAAGCUUGGGCUAAAAAAUUAAUUAGCGUCUGCGAAAGAACGCGUUCAAGAGAAGAAUAAAGGGAACUAUUAAAAACCAAAAGCUGGGUGGAACUUUCAUCUCUUAAGUUUCAUGAAAAGCUCUGUUUGGUCUGACUCUCUAGUUCCACUCCUCAUUUUUAGAUGUCUUUCACUUUGAUUCUCCCUCGCUUGAAUAGCUGUGUUGUGUGUUUUCUGUUUUUUUUUUGGUUUUUUAAUUCUAAGAAAAAGAAAUUACUACAGUACUACUUCAUUUAUUUGUUGGGGCAUGCUUAAUAGAGUAAAUGACUUCUGCUACUCGGACAAUCUGCAUAUGAAGAGUUUUGUUCCAAAAUGAGAAACAGGCCAUUUAAGAAAAAAAAAUAAAUGGGGGGAUCAGAGGGGGGGGUGACGCCUACACAGGCAGAAUGAUUGGCAGCUAAAACCUGAAAGCAGAUUGCGAUGGUGCAUUUCAAAAGGACUGGAAGUAAUUUGUGUCCUUGGUGACAUUUUUUUUACUUACUGGUUGUUUUAAAUUUAACAAUGCUGGGUGAUUCUGAACUCUGCAGUCGUUUUUCUAAUGGAUCAUAACAUUUUGGAAUGAAAAAGUUCAUAUGUUGCGUCUCUGUUAGGGACUUCUACGUUUAAAAAAGUGAAAAAGUUUAAGAAACUGAUGAUUCAGCUGCUGUACUGUAGAGAUGCGUUGCACCAGAUGACAACUAUAAAAAAUGUAAAGUACCUUCCUUUCUUAAAACUGCUGGUUCUGAGAAAUUAUUCAUGGUUGAAUAAAUCUUAUCUGUGGGCCAGUG